AAAGCCAUCUUAGAUCAGUCAGCAUGGCAAGCUCCAAUUUUCCUUCUGUUUUAACAUGUCUUUUGAUUCUCACAUGUGCGGUCUGGACUUCUCUGUGGGUUCUGAAGCCUACGCAAUUUUGGACAAAAAGAUGGAAAGAUGCUGAAGAUAACGCAGAUAAUACUGUGUUUGGGUACUAUGGUCUUAACUAUGCUGCGUAUACAUUUCCUGUAAUUGCUGUCGCUAUAAUAGGACUUGUGUUCUUGGAUUUAAAGUCUGGAGAACGAAGACGCAGUAAAGCAAGGAGUCUGUCCACUUUCUUGUCAAGUCCACUAGUGGUGAAUAGUCUUCUGGGAAUCCUAUCCAGUAUCGAGAUACUGCUAGUUUUUCUUUUCAUCCUCUUCUUAACAUGGACUUUUUACGCUCGCAUCUCUAACGACUUCAAGAAGCUGAUACCUGAUAAUCUGAAGCUGGAAUUAUGGGAACUCAAGUAUCUCAGAGUAGCAACCAGGUUUGGCUUGCUAGCAGAAGCGUCCCUGGCUUUGCUUCUUCUUCCUGUCUUAAGGGGACUAGCCGUGUUUCGCAUACUUGGCAUUCAAUUUGAAGCUUCAGUGAGAUAUCACACCUGGGUUGGAACAGCAAUGAUAUUUUUCGCCGCAAUUCAUGGAGGGAGCACUUUGCUCAUCUGGGGUGUCAGCAACCACAUACGGAAUGAGAUAUGGAAGUGGCAGAAGACAGGACGAAUAUACCUUGCUGGAGAGAUUACACUUGUUACGGGGAUGGUUAUCUGGUUCACUUCACUUCCUCAAAUUAGAAGGAGAAACUUCGAAAUCUUCUACUACACCCAUCAUCUGUACUCUGUGUUUCUUGUAUUUUUCUUGUUUCAUGGUGGAGAUAGGCACUUUUACAUGGUCUUGCCAGGAGUUCUUCUUUUUGGUCUUGACAAACUCCUUCGUAUCAUACAAUCAAGGCCAAGAACUUGCAUCAUUUCAGCUCGAGUUUUCCCUUGCAAGGCUGUGGAGCUCAUUCUCCCCAAAGAUCCAAGACUAAACUACGCUCCCACAAGUGUGAUAUUUAUGAAGGUACCAACCAUAUCAAAUCUCCAGUGGCACUCCUUCAGUGUAACAUCUAGUUCCACUGCUGAUGAACAAAGGAUGUCCGUGAUAAUUAAAUGUGAAGGAUGGUGGACGAGUUCGCUUUAUGACAUGAUACAUGCUGAGCUGGGCAGAGAUUCUGCGAAAAUGAAGGGUAUACCUGUUGCAAUUGAAGGGCCUUAUGGACCUGCUUCUCUGGACUUCUUGAAAUAUGACAGUGUACUUCUGGUUGCUGGAGGGAGUGGAAUAACCCCAUUUCUGAGUAUUUUGGCAGAAGUUUCCUCAGCCACCAGCAAAAAGAGAUUCCCCUCAAGGAUACAACUUGUGUAUGUUAUCAAGAGGGCACAAGACUUCUCUCUGUUGCAUUCAAUCUCCGAUCUUUUGCUCAAGGAAUCGCCUGGAAAGUGUCACUUGAAGCUAAAACUCUUUAUAACCCAAGAAAAUCAGCCAGGAAUGAGACUUAGAGACCUACUGAAUGAAUUCUUCGAAGUAAAAACUUUGCACUUGAACACAGAGUGUUCGAAUUACCCAGUACAUGGGCCAGAGAGUCCAGCUUGGAUGGCUGCCAUUUUAGGAUUUUGCUCCAUCAUUUUUCUUAUUGUUCUUAUAUGUUUCAACCAUAUAAUUCCGCCUGAGAAGGGCUCAAAAAAGUCCAAAGACAAGACACCUUCUUGGGUUGUAGAUAUGUUUCUUAUGGCUUCUUUUGUCAUAGCUUUAGCUUGCAGCACCUUGAUGGGAAUCUUUUUGAGGUGGAGACGGUUGCAGAAAGGGAUACCACCGAUCUCCCAGAAAGAAUCUAAACCCCUCGAUUUAAGCUCUACUGAAAGCAGGAGUACCCUUGAAGAACAUGAAGUCCAUUUUGGGGGACGACCAAACUUCCAAGAUAUAUUUGGGGAGUUUGAAAAUGAAAGUGGAGGAACAAAUGUUGGAGUGUUGGUAUGCGGACCAAAGAGUAUGAAGGAGUCGGUGGCCAUGAUUUGCCAACAGAAAUCCAAGCAUUUCAAUUUAGGUGCCAAAAAAGGCAAAGCCUGCUUUACUUUUCACUCCCUCAACUUUACACUCUAGUUUCAGUUAAAUAUUUCAGUGAACGUACCCCUCCCAAACAAAAGAGGAAAAAGAAAAAAUGAUAUGGAUGUUGUUAAUUUGAUGCCUGUCUUUCACUCAAAAGAGGCAAGAAUUAUCUGAAUAUGUGAUGUAUUUGAAAUCUGAAUAUGUGAUAUGUUUGAAAACCAAGUUAUGGACCCAAUCGACACGGGACCAUGUUGCUUAA